AUGUCCGUUGAAAACCUUCGCACUGCUGAAAGCCUUCAUGAGACUUCCCUGGAGUAUCAACAGCCGGUUGAUCGAACGUAUAGCAUUAAUCGACAGACUCCAUCCUACUCCACUUACGUUGUUUCGGAUGAAGAUGUUGCAAGGGAGAGAGCUCAGCCGUAUGCCGAUUCGAUACAUUCAUCAGAUUUUGAAAUACCUUCAUUCCUGAAUUCUGUGCCUGCGCAAUCACAAAGCGACGAAUCGGUCUGUCAGUCCUCGAAAACAUGGAUAAUCAGCAAGGGCACCAGAACUGCUGCCGGAGCUCAUGCCGAGGACAAAACUCUGACAAAGACAAAAGCCGGAACACGCGCAACCCGAAAUGUUGGCAAAAAACAAAGUAAAGGUACCAGACGCAAACCAGCGUUAGCUCAGCUGCACAAUGAAGGAAGGGCACAAAUGCGCGCAGAAUCCGGAAAGGACGCUCAAAUGUCAGGAACAAAAAAAGUGGAAUCUCGGAAGCCUGCUGAUUGGAAAGCAGAGAAACACAGUGGUUUCGAGAGGCCAAAGCCUUCAAAACUGAGUGGAAAAAACAAACAGAAGAAGGCCUUCGUUGACGAAGCUAGCUCAAGGAUUUGUGCAGCAGUGCAGCAUCUUUAG